AUGGACUUCCACUUCCAGAAGGACUACCUUGACUUGUUCUUGGUACCAAAUGGCCUUCUCAUUAUGUUCACUUACCAUCUCUACCUUCUCUACAGACACUACACUUGCCCUUCCUCCACGACCAUCGGCCUCGAAGCACUCGACAGGGUCGAUUGGGUUCGAACCAUCGUCCAAAACGGUGAUAAGGGCACCUUAGACCGAGCAGCAUCCGUGAUCACAACCCACACUACAUCAGGAACUUUCUUCGCCACCUUCAGCUUGACCAUGAGCUCUCUAAUAGGCACGUUUCUCGGUUCCUCCAGCAAUUUCUUCAGGAGCAAUCGAGUAUAUGGCGACACGAGGCCCUUUACCGUGUUCAUCAAGAACAUCGGGCUACUCUCUUGCUUGCUCCUUGCCUUCUCCGGAUUUGUUCAUGCUGUGAAGCUUCUGGUUCACGCCAACUACCUACUGACGAUGAGCACGCCGGGGAACAAGAACUUGGAGAGGAAGAUUGAGUUCAUGAUUACAAGAGGUGGAUACUGUUGGAACCUUGGCCUUAGAGCUCUCUAUUUUGCCCUCACUAUGCUCCUCUGGUUCUUCGGGCCCAUACCCAUGUUUGCUUCCUGUGUUUUCAUGGUGAUCAUCUUGUACUAUCAUGAUAUCUACAUCGUGAAGCUGCAUGAUUCGUAUUGUCAGCUGGAAGAGCCUGAAAAGUACAUGAAAGCAGAGCCAAGAGCAAGCUUCAGCUAUUGA